CAGACUCAUUGAAGGUGACGUGUCCCAACAUGCAGCUUCUCCUAGUGUCCGUCUGCCUGGUCAUCUGCAGCUCAACACUUGUAUCUGCCACAGAUCCCCACUAUGUGAUCUUUGUACCUCAGACGUUAGAGGAGGGAUCUCAGGAGAAAGCUUGCGUCACCAUCCAAGGUCUAGAACAUGGGUUUCAUCUUGACCUAGAGCUUCGGAAAGAUGAUCACAUCCAUGAAAUAGCCAAGCAAGACAUAACGACAGCUGAGUUUAGCCACUGCUACUCUUUCCUGGUUCCUUCAGUGGAGGAAAGUAGCAAAGACUGGUCAUUCCAUAUCUCUGGGCAAGGAGAGGACCUGAAAAUCAAUGAGACCAGGAAUAUUUAUAUAGCCAAAAAACAUUAUUCCUGUGUCGUCCAGACAGACAAAUCUAGAUACAAGCCCAAUGAUAUAGUGAAGUUCCGACUGGUGUCACUUGACCACGAUUUCCACAUUUCAAAUGAAAAUUAUGAAAAAAUCUUGCUGCUGGAUCCCAAUGAACACCACAUUGGACAGUGGUUGAAUGUGUCUACUGAUCAUGGGUUCGCUGAUUUGACUUACCAUUUGGCAAACGAUUUAAGUCUUGGAGACUACAAAUUUUCCAUACCUAAUAAAUGCAAGAAAACCUUUACUGUGGCUGACUAUGUUCUGAAGAGGUUUGAGGUACACAUCAACUUGCCAACCACUGUGGCUUCUACAGCAAAAUCCUUUAAUCUGGACAUUUGUGGCAGUUACACCUACGGAAAGCCAGUACAAGGUAACCUAAACAUUGAAAUCUGUCCAAAAACUCAUAUUGUGUGUCGUUCAUUAUACGGAUGCUGCGGUGUAAUUGAUGAUGAUGAUGAGCACGAUUCAGAAAAAUGUAUAAAAAUAACACACGCUAAGACUGACAGUAAGGGGUGUCUAUCCAGGGAGAUCGACCUUCAUGCUUUCAAAUUCUCAUAUGAAAACAAGCAAUUACAGAUUGUAGCUACACUGACAGAGGAUGGCACAGGCCACAAGGAGGAAGCAUCAGCUGAGCUCCAACUCAGUACUACUAGUAGCGAUAAGAAAAUACAAUUUGAGCAUACUGGACUGUUAUUCCAAAGAGGAGUUCCAUUCAGUGGCAAGAUUAAAGUGACUGAUGAGGAUAAUCAACCAUUGGCUAAUGUGUCUGUGGCAAUAGUAUCAAAUGAAGAUUCUAAAAAGCUUGCAACACUAGAAACCGACAAAGAUGGAGUGGCUUCUUUUACAGUUAACACUGAUUCAUGGGGUGACAGUGUAGGAUUAUCUGCAAUAUUUCUAAAUAACGAAGAUGUUGAUGCAGAGGUGGACAUCGGGUACAGAAUGUUUUUCGAUGGUAUUAUUUGGCUUCAACACUACUACUCUGAAAGUCAAAGCUUCCUGAAUUUGGAAAAUAGAGGAAAAGAUAAACUGCCAUGCGACACUGAUCUGUCAGUGAAUGUGGAUUAUCACAUCAAUAAGGAUCAGCUGGAUAGUAAAACAGACCACAUCUCAUUCUUCCACAUUGUAGCCAAUGAAGAUGGAAUUUAUUCUCAUGAAGAACAUAAAGUGGAUAUCAUAGCGAAAUCAAGCGGUUCAACUGUCCAUGGGUCUUUCUCUGUAAAGGUUCAUCUAGAUGCCAGAUUAUCACCACAUUUUACUUUGCUUGUCUAUACUAUGCUGUCAAAAGGCGAAACCCUCAGUGGCCUCACCUUUUUUGAAGUCUCUGCAUGCUUUGGAAACAAGGUUCAGCUCAAAUUCUCUGAACAACAAGUCCAUCCUGGAGGAAAGGUGAAUCUGGACGUGUCGGCAGAGGCUGGGUCACUAUGCAGUGUGCGCUCUGUGGAUAAAGGAUACUUACUUCAAUACCCCCAUGAAAAUGUCUCAUUUGCAGCUCAAGUUCAAAGGAGUCUAUCAAGACCCUAUGGAUAUUAUAGGCAUCAUUUUGAACAGGAAGAAGGCCAUUGCCCUGAAAAUCAGACAGCCGUUAUUAACUGGCAUCCUGUGUUUGAUACUUCAUUUCUGUUUAAGGCAAGCCAACUGAGUUUAUUCACCAACACUCAUGUCAAGAAGCCAGUGGAAUGUGUUGAUAAUUCGGUUGCUCCUCGUAGUACAACCAAGAAAGUCAAGAAAGAACAAGAGGUCGAGGAGCGUUCCCCCAGAAGUAACUUCCCAGAUACCUGGCUGUUUGAAUUAGUGUUGAUUGGUCCAGAAGGCCACACUGUGCUAAACCUGAAGACACCAGACAGUAUCACCAAAUGGGAGACAGACGCCGUGUGUCUGGGAAAAUCUGGUAUUGGGGAGAUCCGAAAUGUUGGGCUUGUCACCUUCCAGGAUUAUCACAUUGACCUAAUUAUACCUUACUCUGUGGUACAAGGAGAGAAAUUUAAAAUUGAUGCCCAAAUCUUCAGCUAUGAGAAGAAAUGUAUUUUGGUGGCAGUGUCUCUAUCUGAAGUUGAUGGUAUCCAUACAGUCCAAGGCAAAGACCAAGCCCGAUGUGUCUGUGAUGGUCAUGUUAGCCAUUUCAGCUGGGAUGCCACAGCUACAAAACUAGAUAAAAUCAAGAUUCAUAUAGAAAGUGGAUCUAUGGAAAUUGAAGGGGACUGCAAGGAAGACCAUCUUCUGAUAACAAAGGAUCACAAAUCAGAUUCCAUUGAAAAAACCAUAGUGGUCAAGCCCAUGGGAUAUGAAGAGCAAAUCACAGAGACCCAUCUUCUAUAUCCUGCAGAUACCACCCAAAAAGUAUCAUAUACCUUAAAUAUCCCAGACAGGCUGAUUCCAGGAACUGAACGUGCCCACAUCAUUGUUGUAGGUGAUAUCAUGGGCAACAUCAUCGUUAAUUUGGAGAAUAUACUUAAUUUACCAGAUGGAUGUGGGGAGCAGUGUGUAUCCAAACUUUCUAGAUAUUGCUAUUCCCUUGAAUAUCUGCAGAGUACCAAUGAACUCACACCUGAAACCAAAAAUAAGUUUUUGGAGCACAUAGUUGAAGGUUACCAAAAACAGCUAACAUUCAAAAAUGAGACUGGGGGAUUUGCUGCCUUUCCUGGCGGUUUUGCUAACCAAUGGAUCACAGCCUUGGUAAUUAAGGCUCUUAAUUGUGCUCGGCAGUUUAUCCACGUAGAUGAGAAGGACAUUCAGAAAGCUAUACACUGGCUGGAAAGUAUACAGUUACCCAGUGGAUGUUUUCAUAGUUCUGAUUCCUAUUUCUACAAUGACAUAGACGAUGAUGAGAUCACACAGACUGCUUUUGUUCUCAUCGCUCUACUGGAACAUCGACUUGUCCAUGAUGAAAAAAUUGUGGAGAAUGCCAAAUCCUGCAUUAAGAAAGGAGCAGAAACUGCAAAAUCACCACAUGCAUUGGCUCUCCUAGCAUAUGCCUUCACCUUGUUAGGAGACAGUGAGAUGAGAGCGCUCAUGCUAAAACGUCUGGAUGACAAUGCCAAGAUAGAGGGUGGAAUCAAGCACUGGCUGGGUUCUGACUAUCGUCAUGGAGAUGUCGAAAUAUCCUCAUAUGCCAUCUUGGCUCUGCUUUCUGACAAGAUAAUCGACCACAAAGAUCUUGAACAAAGUGCUUAUUCUGUCCAUUGGCUUGCAUCAAAACAAAAUCCAUGGGGUGGCUUCUACUCUUCUCAGGACACUACAUUAGCUCUUCAUGCUCUUGCUAAAUAUGCCAAGGCCGUCAACCACAAGAAGGGAGACUCAACUGUUAUUAUUGAAGGUGAUUCAGGAUUUCACCGAGAGGUUCACGUAACCAAGCAGAACAGCCUCCUUGUCCAAACAGUGGAUCUGCCUAAAGUCCCAGGAACUUACACCGCCUCUAUCAAAGGAGAUGGCUGUGUUUACACUCAAGCACAUCUACAUUAUGCUGAGGUUCCUGACGAGCGUGAAGUUCACUUUUCUGUUAAAGUAACCACCGAUCCAGCUGUCUGCACCCGGGAUGCACAGACAAAGUUUGAUGUCCAUGUAGAAGCCAGUUACUUAGGAAAACGAACUAAAACCAACAUGAUUAUGAUUGAAGCAGAACUUUUAUCAGGAUAUGUUCCAAAUGCUAAAAGCAUUAGAAAGCUGAAUAGGCGUUACGAUGUAAGAAGAGUAGAUGUCUUACCUGGAGAGGUCCAGAUCUACUUGGAUCAUCUUGAUCAUCAGAGCAAAGAGUUUGUUUUCACUAUUGAAAAAGACACACACGUGGAGAACCUGCAUCCUGCCAAAGUGACGGUGUUUGAUUACUAUGUUCCAGUGAUCAAAUCUCACGCUACAUAUAAUACCCCUUGCAGUCAAGCUCACUGUAAUGCACAUGCCGCUGAGAGGAGGGACUGUGGUAAACCAGGAAUCACAGAGGAAGAGUGUAAACAGAACCAUUGCUGCUAUGAUCACAGCGUUGUGAAUGCCAAAUGGUGCUUCUUCCAUGAUUACAAUAUCAUAGAGGCCAUAGAAGCUCACCCUAGCCAGGAAACCCAUCAUUCACAUGAAGCUCACCCUAGCCAGGAAACCCAUCAUUCACAUGAAGCUCACCCUAGCCAGGAAACCCAUCAUUCACAAGAAGCUCACCCUAGCCAGGAAACCCAUCAUUCACACGAAGCUCACCCUAGCCAGGAAACCCAGCAAACACAAGAAGCUCACUAAUCAGAAAAUAGUGUCUAUAAAGACCAAACAGCAAAAUAAUCCUCUUUUCUUGACAUCUUUGUCAAUAGAAAACAGUGAGGAAAAUCUUAAAUAAGCUGCUGUUAUAUGAAUUAUGUUUCUGAUCUGUAAUGGAAACCUUAAUAAAACUAUAGACACUC